GUAGUCGUAGCUAUCCUGGAGAUACAUUUCGAGCGGAAACAAACAAAAAAUGUGAACCCUUGACCCCCAUUUUCGGCAUAGAACAUUCCAAUCAAAAUUAGCUUGAAGCCGCGUAGAAAUCGAAGCCAUGGCCGGAUGCAGUGGUGGAGGACGCAAGUAUCCUGCAGCGUCUCACUGGAAGGAGCGAAGGAGCCAGUCGCCCGGCUACCGUCGAGCAGGAGGAGGACCAGAAGGAGGAACCCAGCCCCGCUACGUGUCGAUGUCGAUGUCGGUGGAGGAUCUGUGCCGCCGCGCGGACAACGUGGCCAAUCAGGAGGAUUUCGAGCGCUGGAAGGACAUUGUGAAGGUGCGCUGGACCAUGUACGAGGAGCAGCGGAAUUACAACAGGCGCCGCCAGUCCAUGCCUGUGGGCGGCGAUGCCACCAUCUGGGGCAUCCUGUCGUUGGUGCAGCAGGAGCUGGAGGAGAAGCUGCAGAUGAAGAAGAUGCUGGGCAGCUGCCGGCGGUUCCCCUCGCCCAUGGCCCUCAUGGACAGCGAUCGGAUGGCGGACGGGCAGCUCCAGGAGCUCGAGCUGGUGCGGGACGUGCUGUGUGGCACGGAUGAGGUCAGGCCCGAGAAAAAGCACCAGCCAGAGCCCGUCGUCGUGGAGCUGCAGAAUAAACCCCUGGCAUAUCGCCCCAAGGCUGAGAUCAAAUGGCGGCCACUAACACUGCCAGAGUCCUUGAAGCGCUACUUGGCGAACGAGCCGAAGCCCAGCAGGGAGGACAUGCAGCAGCCGAAGGCGGAACCCACGACGCCCCGCUUCAGUCCCAGUGAUCCUCCCGAGGAGAGCCACAGGCGAGCAGAGGCUCUGCCUGGCUUGCUGGAGAAGUUCAACCAGAUGGGGAGGUGCAACCGGAUGGGGCUGCUGGUGCCGGCCAAUGCCUUGCUGCAGCUCGCCGAGGAGCUGUCGCAGAACGCCACCUGGACUGCACCCGAAACGAGCCCCGUGGCGGAAAGAGGCAUGCCCCAGGGUCGCCGCCCCCGCAUCGCCCACCGCAUCACCGAGGACCCUGACUACGCGCAGUACGAUCCCCUGCUGCUCUACGUGAACGAGAAGUUCCACCUGGACGCCAGGUCCGCGAUGGACGUCUCCGCUCGAGCCGAGGACACCCCUACCAGCUUUUACAGCGCCUUGGAUGUGUCCGAGCCGGAGUCGGAGACGGAGACGGAGACGGAAGCCCUUGGAUAUUGCCCGGUGUGCAACAAGCGGCAUCUGCGUGUGCCGCCGACAUUCUGAGCCCCCCCGCCCACAGGCUACGAGGUGAAAUUAAAGCAAAGGUGCAGGUAGCCUCUCAUCUAUGGGGUCCCCGCCCCCGCCACCGCCACCGCCACCGCCCCCGCACUGCACCUCAUCAAAUAUUGAUGCCUGCCGCUGUCUGGGUCCGCGGUGCCUCGUUAGCUGUCAAUUAAGUGGACACCUGUGCAGUUAAUGCAAUGCUGCCACCGCCACUGCCACUGCCACUGCCACUGCCACACUGGGUACAUGUCCUCCCCUCCAUCCGCAAUUCCCAUUCCCCAUUUCACACUUUCACAGUCCUGUUCCGAGGCUGUGGCCAAAAAAUCGCCGCAGCUCUGCUGCGAUUUGAUAAAUGGACAGCCCGGCCGGCCGGCACAGAGAUCGCAGUCGUAGUCGUCGGCCUUUGGCGAACUCUGUUUCGGGAAUUAAUAAGUUUCGAUUUGUGGCUGCCACUCGUGGCCAUAUAUAAUCCGUGGCGGCCACAAGGGGGCGCUCCAUUUGGCCUUUGUCGGCUGUGGCAUGGCAUUCAUUCAAUUGAGGAAAUAUUGCUGCUGUCUGCCCAAACAAAGAGGCGCACUCAAACACCGCACGGGGGCACAGACGGCAGUGUAGUGGAGUGGAGUGUUGCAACUGUGUGUGGCAGGCAGAAUCCGCUGCACUGCAUGUUUGCUAAUUAACAUCUGCAAUGGCGUAGAACCCAUUAACUAUUAAUUACCAUAAACAUGACAAUUCCAUCCGCAAACAAGAGGCGGCCAGGCCUCGUGGGACACACACACACACACACAUGUACAUGCGAGCAUGUUUGCAGUGGAUGCCACAUUCUGCACUCGGAAUGCAUUUUGGACACUCCAAUAUGCCGCAAUUUUCCAUGAAACGCAAAAAUCGCCUGAAAUACAGCUUUAACUGCUUGCAAGCCGCUGGUAAGCAGUUGAACUACUUUGUAGCUGCAUAUGUUGCUAGACAAUGUGUCCAGGAAUUGCAUGAAAUGUUUCAAGCUCCUGCCAAUCCACACACAUUUUGGCAACAGGCGUACAGCAAGAUGUUGCUAAACAUCACAACAAAUAAAAACCCACCAAGCGGGCGAGCGAGAAGAAAUAUUCAUGGUCCUUGGUUACAGGCCAUAAAAUGCUUUGGAUUCUUGAAUUUUUGCAGCUUUAAUUGCAAUUUAAAAAUAAAAAUACCCCCCUCUUCUUUGGCCAAAUCAAAAACAAACGGUACAAAAAGGACAUUAAA